AUGCGAUACCUUGCGUACUGCUACUCCUGCUAACCCUGGACAAAUUCUAUUCUAUUCUACCCGAGUACUUGGAGUAGGGGAAAACUAGAAAAGAGGGAGGGGAAGGAGGAAGGAAGAAGCAUGGCUUCGAAGCAGCUGCCCGGGAGGUUCCAGUCGAUCUUCCGGCUCGCCGGCCACCGCCGGUCGCUGCUGCUCAGCCGUGAUUCUCCGGCGAGGUACCGAUCCUUCUGCAGCGACGUGGAUGGGCAAGCCGGUACCGGUACUGGCAACGCAAUCAAGGAUCAGGAUAGCCUCGAUAGGUUUUCGGAUCCACGGGUUGCUCAUGAAGAUCGCCAGUUCGUGCAAUUCUUGGACAGGAUGCUGGACGCGACAAGAAAUCCCCAGAGUCUUGCACAGAUGCAGCGCCCAAGGUUUCCAAAUGAUCUGAAAAUAUUGGAUGAUGACAUAUGAGUUAGGAUUCUCUCAAAGGAAUACAGGAGUUACAAGUGUGAUUUAUGUACUAUGACAAACCUGAGCAUGUGAGAUUGCUAUUGUUCAGGUUAAAAUUAUGGACCAGAUCAUCGGCCUAUGUCAAAUGUAUUUUAUAUUGCAGUUUUUUUUCAGCGUAUGAUUUCAUACUAUGUAAGAACUAUGAAUUCAUACAGAAAACAAAUACAUGGACAACGGAUUAAUUGCUAUUC